GGCUAGAAGUUGUAAACACACAUCGUAGCACAUGUUCCCAACAGCCUCCCUACCUGUUCUAGAGGCUACCCCCUUAUAUAAUUUAUCUGCAGAUCUCUAGCUUCGGUAUUCAGUUGUCUAAUUGAAACUAUGCCCAACGCACAUUUGUUUGUUUUAAUCCAUGGCCUAUGGGGCGGUGCCAAUCAUCUGAAGGCUGCUGAUGAGAUGAUUCAGAGUUGUGUAUCUUCACCGAAUGAAGAAAUCCACACCAUUAGGCCGAAGACCUCCUCGCUUUUCAAGACGUAUGAUGGAAUCGAGAUGAUUGGUGACCGUAUGCUGGUGGAGAUCAUAGCAAAGAUAAACGACUUGCACGGUGAGAAUGUUGUUGUCACGAAGAUCAGCUUUAUUGGUUACUCACUUGGAGGACUGGUAUCAAGAUACGUUAUCGGAGAGCUGGAGAAGAAGAAGAUAUUCGACGACAUAGAGCCUAUGUUCUUCUGCACGUUUGCAUCACCACAUCUCGGUGUUCAAUUCUUUAGACGGCGUUCUAUGAUUUUGAACUUUUUGGGCAGUCAAGUGCUCGGCCUCGUUGGAUCAGAACUCUUCAUCAAGGACCGUUCCAAGAUUCUUGUGAAACUUGCAAGUGAUGAGUACCUGGAGGGAUUAGGUAAAUUCAAAGAGAGAUUUUGCUUUGCGAACAUUAGACAUGACCGCACAGUGAGUUUCUACUCUGCCUAUAUCACCGAUAAGAACCCAUUUGAUGCUCAUUGGGACAGUAUUGAGUUGUCAUUUGACUUUGAAGAUGGUAUUCUACCUACCUAUCGGGUACAUGGUGUCGAUGUGAAGCCAAGGUUUGUCAACAUUGCAAAGUCCAAUUUUGUUGGUCCUGGUAGGGUUUUCCGAAAGAAAUCGCUUCGGAAGAAGUUGAGGUUUAUCGGUAUAAUACUGGCUGCGUCUGUUAUACUGCCAAUAUGGAUCCCGGUUGUUCUUACUGCGAGUACCAUCGCCUCUAUUGUAAGUUACUUCAUCGUUUCAACACACAAGAAGGUUGAGUUUGAAGACUUGAAGCGUCCUGAUUCUUCGAAGCUAUCAGCCGGCUUUGAGGAAAGACUACAAGAGGCUACUGGCGAGGCCUUUGAGAACGCCAUCAAUAUUGGCCAGUACGAUGCAAACACCGAUUGGGACGAAACCAGUCAUGGGGAUUCGAUAGCAACAUUGACACCUAUCGAAUCAGUGAAAGCUGUUGACGCCGAAUUCGAAAACAGACCGAUUGCAGCCUCAGUGAUAUUUCACGAUACCAAGCCACUGGCUUUGAACGCUGACCGUCAAUAUAUCAACGAGAAGUUGAACUCGUUAGUGUGGAGCAAGUUUGCUGUCUACGUCAACGUGCUAAACGCACACGAUGGAAUCAUUGCACGGAAGGGGCUGAAGAGAAGCACAGCCAAAGGGAUAGCUGUUAUUCGUUUUUACGCAGAGCUCAUCAACAAGAAGCUGAACAGCCAAGCUGAGUAGUUGAAACAGUGCAUCUGGAUGUAAAUGAAUAAAGCAUGGCACCAUGCGGUUGAUUGGCAUUGGAAUUUAUUGCUUAGGUCCUCCGUUGGUAGGAGGUUGAUGUUGUGGGUGAAGUUGUAAGGGUGUAUGGUGUGGAUUGAUCACCUUGGUUAUUGAAGAGCUUCGGAUCACGGCAUGCAAGCGUUAUUCCUAUUGGUCAAUCUUGAAAGUGCGAUGCAAACGUGACCAUGUGGAGACCACGAGCAGAUCACGAUCAGACC